AUGUUGAAAGUCGUUGGUGCAUCGUGGCAAAAAACGCGGAUAGGGACCUACAUCCUUAUCGGAGCUGGUCUGUUGGUCAUCGGAGCCUUCUUUAUUGGGUAUAUGGAGCGGCCGGAGUACGAUGGCACCUAUUGUGCCACCGCUCUGUGGACCAAACAGGUCGGCUUCCAGAUUGAAAACUGGAAGCAGCAGAACGAUCUGGUCAACAUUCCCACGGGAGUCGGAAGGAUUUGCUACAAGAAUUCAGUUUAUGAAAAUGGAUGGGCUCAAAUCGAGGUGGAGACGCAACGAACCUAUCCGGAUUGGGUGCAGGCCUAUGCAGCUGGAAUGCUAGAGGGCUCGCUGACUUGGAAAAACAUCUACAAUCAGUGGUCCAAUACCAUUUCUUCUUCCUGCGAGCGGGAUGAGAGCACCCAGAAGUUCUGCGGUUGGCUGAGGGAUCUCUUGACCACCAACUACAAUCGCUUGAAAAGGCAGACCGACAAGGCUGAAAAUGAUCACUAUUGGCAUCAGUUGCACUUGUUCAUCACCCAGUUGGAGGGUCUGGAAACGGGCUACAAACGUGGAGCAUCGCGAGCACGGUCCGAACUGGAGGAGGAGAUACCAUUUUCCGAUUUCCUUCUGAUGAAUGCCGCUGCCGAUAUCCAGGAUCUGAAGAUCUACUACGAGAACUAUGUGCUGCCCAACAAUACGGCGGGUUCUGAGGAAUCCGGAACCGAUCAGCCGAAGAACUUCUUCUUGCCGAGUGCCUCCAUGCUGACAAAGAUUGUCCAGCAAGAGGAGUCGCCACAGACACUUAUGCUGCUUUUCGGUCACAGUACGGCAGGUAGUUACUCUUCCAUGUUGAGGAUCCAGAAGCGCUACAAAUUCCACUACCACUUCUCGCCAAAGCUAAGGAGCAACACCGUGCCCGGUGUGGAUAUCACCUUUACUGGCUAUCCCGGUAUUCUAGGAUCCACUGAUGAUUUCUACAUGAUUAAGGGCCGCCACCUUCAUGCAAUCGUGGGAGGUGUGGGCAUAAAGAAUGAGAACCUAGCGCUGUGGAAGUCGGUGGACCCCAAGAAGAUGGUGCCUUUGGUGGCUCGUGUCAUGGCCGCCAAUCGGAUUGCGCAGAGUCGUCAGACUUGGGCCAGUGCAAUGGCCAGGCAUCCAAUCACCGGAGCCAAGCAAUGGAUCACUGUCGACCUGAACAAGCUAAACUCCCAGGACAAUCUGUAUAACGUUCUGGAAGGCGAUGAUAAGCACGAUGAUGCCCCGGUGAUCCUAAACGAGAAGGAUAGGACAGCCAUUCAACAACGUCACGAUCAGCUGAAGGACAUGGUGUGGAUUGCCGAGCAGCUGCCGGGAAAUCUAACCAAGAAGGAUGUGACUCAGGGAUUUCUGGUGUCCGGCAACUCAUCCUGGCUGGCCAACGGAGUGCCGUAUCACAAGAAUGUCCUGGAGGUCAGUGGCGUGAACUACAGCGAGGAUCAACAGCUGUCGGCGGCCGAUGAGGAGGAGUUGACGAACCUUAAUGCGGUGGACAAGUAUCUGAGGACCCAUGGCUUCCGUGGAGAUCUGCUGGGCAGCCAGGAGUCUAUUGCCUAUGGCAACAUAGAUCUGAAGUUGUUCUCCUACAAUGCUCGUUUGGGAAAAAGUGAUUUCCAUGCCAUCGCCGGACCCAUCUUCCUGCGCAUUCAACAUGUCCAGCCAAGGGCGGUGGAGGAUGAGGGCCAAAAUGGUCUGCCCCCCGCUGCCUCCAUGGGUGAUGAACGACUAAGCGUGAGCAUCGAGGAUGCCGACAGUCUGGCGGAAAUGGAACUCAUUACGGAACGGCGGCCAGUGCGAAAUGAUAUGAGGGCCAUAGCCAUGCGAAAGAUUGGCAGCGGUCCCUUCAGGUGGUCCCAAAUGAGUCCCGUGGAGGAGGGCGGCGGCCACGAGGGACAUCCCGAUGAGUGGAACUUUGACAAGGUCUCCCCCAAGUGGGCGUGGUAGGCGCUGAGGAGAAACUUUUCCACCCGUAGAACCCAAUCGAAUUUGUACCCCAAUACCCACCUCCAUCCAUCUGAAAACUGGAAAGCAAUAAUUGUUUAGAUUCAAUAAUUAGUGUAUCGUAUCGUCCCCUGUGUCUCGUUUAGUUAAUGUGUUCCUAGUUGGUACACAUCUUACGUCCAUAGUCUUUUAGUGUGUACUGUACCUAUGUGCGUGCGGCGUGCUCAAUCCGUCAAUUGUUGUCUUCCAGUUAUUUCACUUUUUAUUUCAUGUAGGUCUUGUGUAAAUUAGCAACAAAAUUGUAAACUUAUUUUUUAGCAGCAAAUUUUUGUACUUUAGUAACUUUAUAAAAGAAAUACACAAAAAAAAACACAAAAAUUAUAA